AUGGCACCAUCUCUCUUCAGCUGGGGCUCCAGCAAGCCCGCCGAAAUCGCCGCAGCACCUAAACUGUCCACCGAAGAACAGGAGACCCAUGAUACCCAAGAACGAGAAGCCUUCCAGAAGGCUGUCCGAGAAGCCAUGAACAACGAAGACUUCACGAAAGCCGUAGCCAGCCAGCUUGCGCUGCAGCUCCAGCCUACACUGAAGGCUGCUUCGGAAACUUCGGCUCUGGUGCUCGAGUCCAAGAUCCUGGCCUCCAACGACAAGCUCUCCAAGACUGUCACCGAAAGCGAUACGCAAACAGCUUCCAAGCUGUCCGAGCUAUCUUCCUCCCUCGAUACAAGCAGUACUGCGGCCGUGGCCAAGAUAUCUGCUCUCGAGGACGCUGUUGCACAGAUCUCGGCCUCCGUCUCGGAGCUGACGAGCACUGUGAAGGCUGUCCAAGAAAAGGUUGCGUCCCUCGAUACCUCAACACUCUCCUCCCACAGCGCAAGCCUAGACACCAUCUCCAGCAACCUCCAGACUCUGCAAGAAAACGGACCAGCACCUAUAUCCGCAGCCCUCGGUUCUCACGCCACAAAGCUCGAUUCCAUCACCGCCGAUUUGGCAGCUGUGAAGGAGAACUCCGAGGUCUCUGCAUCGCUGAAGACCCUGGCUACCGACCUCGCAGCUAUCAAGAAGGAUAUCGAGUCCUCCACCUCUUCUACUACCUCUGGUUUCUCUGGUGUAUCCUCCCAAAUCGGAAGUGCCAUUGCAGCUAUCGAGGCACAAAAUGGCACUCUUGCAGAUAUCAAGAGUGCGGAUGCUAGCAAGGAGAUUCUGGCUGCUACCCAGACCCAUUAUUCUGCUCUGUCUGAGAUUAAGUCUAUUGUCGAAACUCCAGCCCCAGCUCCUGUCUCCGAAAAGACAGACCUUUCUUCCGUCGAAUCCUCCCUCAGCUCCAUCAUCACGGCUAUCGAAGCACAAAACCCUACGCUCUCUGAGAUCAAGACCGCAGCUACAUCUACUGAAGUCUUGACUGAAGUCAAGUCCGUGAAGGCACUCGUGGAAGGCAUUCCCGCACCAAUAGCUGGCAAGGACGAAGACAUUCUGUCUGAGCUUAAGAGUGUAAAGACUAUUGUCGAGGGUAUCCCAGCACCAACUGCCAGCAAAGACGAGGAGAUCCUAUCCGAGGUCACCUCCGUAAAAGCCCUUAUCUCAGCCAUCCCCGUACCUGCGGCAGGAAAAGAUGAGGAAAUCCUCAGCGAAAUUAAAUCUGUCCAAUCUUCAAUCUCCUCCAUCCCUGCCCCAGUCACAGUCAAGGACGAGGAGAUUUUGUCCGAGAUCAAGAGUGUAAAGAGCCUUGUGGAAGGCAUUCCCGCACCAGUCGCUGGUAAGGAUGAGGAAAUCCUUAGCGAAGUUAGCUCUGUGAAAGCUCUCGUCUCAGCUAUUCCAGCACCCACUGCCGGCAAGGACGACGAAAUCCUCACAGAAGUCAAGUCCGUCCAAUCCUUGAUUUCCGCCAUCCCAGCACCAACCGCUGGCAAAGAUGACGAAAUCCUCACUGAGGUGAAGUCUGUCCAGUCCCUGAUUUCAGCCAUCCCAGCACCAGCCACCAGCAAAGACGAAGAGAUCCUCAGUGAAGUCACCUCUGUAAAAUCUCUCAUCUCCGCCAUCCCAGCACCAGCAGCCGGCAAAGACGACGAGAUCCUGAGCGAGGUAAAGGCCGUUAAGGAGUUAGUUGAGAAGAAGGAGAGUGCGGAGGUUGCUGCAUAG